UAUGAGCCAGGCAAAUACCAAGCAAAACAAAUAAUAAUAAAGAGAAAGGUGUAAUACUAAUAUAAUAGAGAAAUAGUUAUAUGCUGUCAAUGUCCCCUUCCCGUGCAGGAAGCCAGUAAAAGUUGAGGAAUCUGCCGUGGACAGAGCCAAGGCCAAUGCGGCCCUUUGGGAGGCCAGGCUGGAAGUCACAGAACUCUCUAGGAUUGAGUAUCGUGAUACUUCCCGGAGACUGGCAAAAAGUAACGAGAACUUAAAGAAACAGCAGUAUAGAAUGGAGAGAGACACAAUGUCUGUAUUAAGCUACCUGAAGAAGCAGGAUCAGGAGAAAGAUAAUCUGAUUGAAAAAUUGAAACAGCAAUUGAAUGAAACAAAGGAAAAAGCCCAAGAGGAGAAGGAAAAAUUGGAACAAAAAUAUACUGUGCAAAUAAAUGAGCUGGAGGGACAGUUCCAUCAAAAAGCCAAAGAAAUUGGAAUGAUUCAGACAGAGCUCAAAACAAUAAAACAAUUCCAGAAGAGAAAAAUCCAAGUGGAGAAAGAAUUAGAUGAUCUGAAGGAGGAUUUAAGGAACACAGAGCAGAAACAUCAGGAGACUCUUAGAAGAUUGGAAGGCAAAUUUUUUGAAGAAAAGCACCGUCUAGAACAAGAGGCUGAAAAGAAGAUAAUAAUGCUGGCAGAUAGAGCCCACCAUGAAGCUGUUGUGCAAUUGAACAAUGCUGGAAGAACUGUUUUUAAAGAGAAUGUUUAUCUCCAGAAAGCUCUUGCAUACCACCUGAAGGAAGCCGAUGCUCUACAGAAAAACUCCCAGAAGUUGCAAGAGACUCAGACUUUCCUUUUACAGCAAAAGGAGAUCAAUGAUCUGUUGGUUAAGGAAAAGAUAAUGCAACUUACCCAGCAGAGAUCACAAAUCCAAACUCUUCAGAAGAAGGUGGUGAACUUGGAGAAUGCCCUGAGUUGUAUGACCAAAGAGUUUGAGACUGAAGUUUUAAAACUGCAGCAGCAGUCAAUGAUACAGAACCAAGCGGGUCAGGUUGAAAUUUUCAAGCUGCAGCAACUUCUUCAGAUGAAGAACAGGGAAAUGAAUCGAGUGAAGAAGCUGGCCAAGAACAUACUAGACGAGAGAACAGAAGUGGAAAGAUUCUUUUUAGAUGCUCUACACCAAGUAAAGCAACAGAUCCUAUUUAGCAGGAAGCAUUAUAAACAGGUAGCACAAGCUGCUUUCAACUUUAAAAUGAGAGAGGCAUGUGCAGGGAGAACAGAAUACCCCAAAAUCCGAACAUUUGAUGGCAGAGAGCACAGCACCAAUAGUGUGAACCAGGAUCUUAUGGAGGCCAAUAAAUGGACAGAUAUUCAAGGAAAUGUGGAUAUUGGAGAUUUGACCUGGGAGCAGAAGGAGAAAGUCUUGAGGUUGCUGUUUGCAAAAAUGAAUGGCUUUGUUCCUAGGAAAUACAGCCAGAGUUCUAGACCUCCAGUUCCAGACUACGUUGUUCCUGAUGAUGGAAAAACACAGGAGUCUGGGGAUGAAAGUAAGCCUCAAGAUCAAACCUUCAUCACCCAGCAAGUGCCAGUCUUCGACUCCUCUGGUGAACUGGUGUUACCCAGUAUUCAGGAAGGAUCACAAGAGUCUGACAUAGUAAGGCGUCUGUAAUCUAACCAAACAAUACACAUAACUGUUCCCCUUCCCCAUGCGGUUUCUUGCUAAGUCCCAGUUCUUUUCUCUAUUAGCCAGGAGCUCUGAGGGAUCCAGUGAAAUUGUAAUAACAUUAGUAUGAGAUCAUGGACAUUUUAAUAACAAUAUCCACACUAAGGAAGGCAUAUUAUACUUAAUGCAAAUGCACAAGUGUGCCUCUUUUAGUGUGGAAAACCUAUAAAUUGCCUUUUGAAAUAUAUAGCCUAGCCAAAAUAUAUACUAUCCUUUAUGUAAGAAUAAAUAUAAUGACCAUGUAACUCUUGGCUUUGGACAGAGAUGGGAAGUCUGAGAAACUAUAAGCUAGCAGACAAAGGCAUUAUAAGGAAGUAUGGUGCCAUAAAAAAAAAAAAAGCCAGGUUUUCUUUUUAUGAGCGUUUUAUUUGUAAUUUAUUAUACAUGAUCAGUUAGUACAAUAUAGAAUCUGAGAAAUUUCAAAUGAGGCCACAUCAGAGCAAAAAGAAAAUAAAAUAUUGAAUUUUUAAUCUGCUACUAGCAUGAACAUAAUUGUACAGAUUUUUUCCAUCUAAGAAAUACGAAAUUCUUCUGAGUAGCAAGUAGCCAAAUAAAUUGAUUCUAAUUAGAGCAACACAAUUCUGAUUAGUUUUUAUUUCUUAAGAGUGAUUUCCCUUAAAUAUAAGGAAAACUUAGACGUCUCUGUGAUUAUAUUUAAUUCCAUUUGGAAUUUAGACAAUAUGACCUUUUAUUCAACCCAGCCUGUAACUGUUGGAUUGGAUUAAACAUCACUACCAGUUGCUAACUGAUAAGAGAUAAAACAAAGGGCAU